CCCCGCCCGCCGCCGUUUCACCCGCGCGGGCGGCCGCCACGCGAGCUGCGGCCUCCGCCCAGGCGGGGGGCGUCGGCGCUGGGCCCGCCAUGGCCGCGUCCGAGCUCUACACCAAGUUUGCCCGGGUUUGGAUACCUGAUCCUGAGGAAGUGUGGAAAUCAGCUGAGUUGCUCAAGGACUAUAAACCUGGAGAUAAGGUGCUCCUGCUUCACCUUGAGGAAGGGAAGGAUUUGGAAUACCGUCUAGAUCCAAAGACCAGCGAGCUCCCUCACCUACGGAACCCUGACAUACUUGUUGGAGAAAAUGACCUCACAGCCCUCAGCUACCUUCACGAGCCUGCUGUGCUGCACAAUCUCCGCGUCCGCUUCAUCGACUCCAAACUUAUUUAUACGUAUUGUGGGAUAGUCCUGGUAGCUAUAAAUCCCUAUGAGCAGCUGCCUAUCUAUGGAGAAGAUAUCAUUAAUGCAUACAGUGGCCAGAACAUGGGUGACAUGGACCCUCACAUCUUUGCAGUAGCUGAAGAGGCCUAUAAACAAAUGGCAAGGGACGAACGAAAUCAGUCCAUCAUUGUAAGUGGAGAGUCAGGUGCAGGGAAGACAGUCUCGGCUAAGUACGCCAUGAGGUACUUCGCAACUGUCAGUGGCUCUGCCAGUGAGGCCAAUGUUGAAGAAAAGGUCUUGGCCUCCAACCCCAUCAUGGAGUCAAUUGGAAAUGCUAAAACAACCAGGAAUGAUAAUAGCAGCCGGUUUGGGAAGUAUAUUGAAAUUGGUUUUGACAAGAGAUAUCGAAUCAUCGGUGCCAAUAUGAGAACUUACCUUUUAGAGAAAUCCAGAGUGGUGUUCCAGGCAGAAGAGGAGAGAAACUACCACAUCUUCUAUCAGCUCUGUGCUUCGGCAAAGCUACCUGAGUUUAGGAUGCUGCGGUUAGGAAAUGCAGAUAGUUUCCAUUACACGAAGCAAGGAGGCAGCCCCAUGAUAGAAGGAGUGGACGAUGCGAAGGAGAUGGCGCACACCAGGCAGGCCUGCACUCUGCUGGGAAUUAGUGAGUCUUACCAAAUGGGAAUUUUUCGGAUACUUGCUGGCAUUCUUCACUUAGGCAAUGUUGGGUUUGCGUCUCGAGAUUCAGACAGCUGCACAAUACCUCCCAAGCACGAGCCUCUUAUCGUUUUCUGUGAUCUUAUGGGUGUGGAUUAUGAAGAGAUGUGUCACUGGCUCUGCCACCGAAAGCUAGCUACCGCCACAGAGACAUACAUCAAGCCCAUCUCCAAGCUGCAGGCCACAAAUGCCCGAGAUGCUUUAGCAAAGCAUAUCUAUGCAAAGCUCUUUAACUGGAUUGUCGGCCAUGUCAAUCAGGCUCUCCAUUCAGCUGUCAAGCAGCACUCUUUCAUCGGCGUGCUGGACAUUUAUGGAUUUGAAACAUUUGAGAUAAAUAGUUUUGAACAGUUCUGCAUAAAUUAUGCAAAUGAAAAGCUACAGCAACAAUUCAACAUGCAUGUCUUCAAACUGGAACAGGAGGAGUACAUGAAGGAACAAAUUCCAUGGACACUCAUAGAUUUCUAUGAUAAUCAGCCUUGUAUCAAUCUUAUAGAGUCUAAACUGGGUAUUCUAGAUUUGCUGGAUGAGGAAUGUAAGAUGCCUAAAGGUACCGAUGACACAUGGGCCCAAAAACUGUACAACACACAUUUGAACAAAUGUGCCCUCUUUGAGAAGCCCCGCAUGUCAAACAAAGCUUUCAUCAUCAAACAUUUUGCUGACAAAGUGGAGUACCAGUGUGAAGGUUUUCUUGAAAAGAAUAAAGACACUGUUUUUGAAGAACAAAUUAAAGUCCUUAAGUCAAGCAAGUUUAAGAUGCUACCAGAACUAUUUCAAGAUGACGAGAAGGCCAUCAGUCCCACCUCUGCCACUUCCUCAGGGCGCACACCUCUCACACGGGUACCUGUAAAGCCCACCAAGGGUCGACCUGGCCAGACUGCCAAAGAGCACAAGAAGACAGUGGGACUUCAGUUUCGAAACUCCCUUCACCUGCUUAUGGAAACCCUUAACGCCACUACUCCUCACUAUGUUCGCUGUAUUAAGCCCAAUGAUUUCAAGUUUCCAUUCACAUUUGAUGAGAAGAGAGCAGUACAGCAGCUAAGAGCAUGUGGUGUCCUGGAGACCAUCCGGAUCAGCGCAGCAGGGUUUCCCUCAAGGUGGACUUAUCAAGAGUUUUUCAGCCGGUACCGGGUCCUAAUGAAGCAAAAGGACGUGCUGGGAGAUAGAAAGCAAACAUGCAAGAAUGUAUUAGAGAAACUGAUAUUGGACAAGGAUAAAUAUCAGUUUGGUAAGACAAAGAUCUUUUUCCGUGCUGGUCAAGUGGCCUAUCUAGAAAAAUUGAGGGCUGACAAACUGAGGGCGGCCUGCAUCCGGAUCCAGAAGACGAUUCGUGGGUGGCUGCUGAGGAAGAGAUACCUGUGUAUGCAGAGGGCAGCCAUCACAGUGCAGCGAUACGUGCGCGGCUAUCAGGCUCGAUGCUAUGCUAAGUUUCUGCGCAGAACCAAGGCAGCAACCACCAUUCAGAAGUACUGGCGCAUGUAUGUGGUCCGCAGGAAGUACAAGAUUAGACGAGCUGCCACCAUUGUUCUUCAGUCUUAUUUGAGAGGCUACUUGGCAAGAAAUAGGUAUCGCAAGAUACUCCGUGAGCACAAAGCAGUCAUCAUUCAGAAACGUGUCCGUGGCUGGCUGGCUCGUACACAUUAUAAGAGGACCAUGAAAGCCAUCAUCUACCUUCAAUGCUGCUUCCGGCGGAUGAUGGCCAAGCGUGAGCUGAAGAAACUCAAAAUUGAGGCUCGCUCUGUGGAACGCUACAAGAAGCUCCAUAUUGGCAUGGAAAACAAGAUUAUGCAGCUGCAACGCAAAGUGGAUGAGCAGAAUAAAGACUACAAAUGCCUCAUGGAGAAACUGACCAAUCUAGAAGGAGUAUACAACUCUGAGACUGAAAAACUACGAAAUGAUGUAGAACGUCUUCAGCUAAGCGAGGAGGAAGCUAAGGUUGCCACCGGGAGAGUGCUUAGUCUGCAGGAAGAAAUUGCAAAACUCCGAAAAGACCUGGAACAAACUCGAUCGGAGAAAAAGUCCAUUGAAGAACGAGCAGAUAAAUACAAACAAGAAACUGAGCAGCUGGUGUCAAACUUGAAGGAAGAAAACACUCUGCUGAAGCAGGAAAAGGAGACCCUCAACCACCUCAUCGUGGAGCAGGCUAAGGAGCUGACAGAAACUAUGGAGAGGAAGUUAGUAGAAGAAACAAAGCAACUGGAGCUCGACCUGAAUGAUGAGAGGCUGAGGUAUCAGAACCUCCUGAAUGAGUUCAGUCGUCUGGAGGAGCGCUAUGACGACCUCAAGGAAGAGAUGACCCUGAUGCUGAAUGUGCCUAAGCCAGGACACAAGAGAACAGACUCUACCCACAGCAGCAAUGAGUCUGAAUACACCUUCAGCUCAGAAUUUGCAGAAACUGAAGACAUUGCACCAAGGACAGAGGAGCCAACUGAGAAGAAGGUGCCUCUGGAUAUGUCAUUGUUCCUUAAGCUCCAGAAGCGUGUCACAGAGCUGGAACAGGAGAAGCAGUUGAUGCAGGAUGAGCUGGACCGAAAGGAGGAGCAGGUGUUGCGCAGCAAGGCAAAGGAAGAAGAAAGACCACAGAUUAGAGGUGCUGAACUGGAAUAUGAGUCCCUCAAGCGUCAGGAACUGGAGUCAGAAAACAAAAAGCUGAAGAAUGAGCUGAAUGAGCUACGCAAAGCCCUGAGUGAGAAGAGUGCCCCCGAAGUGACUGCGCCAGGCGCGCCCGCUUACCGCGUCCUCAUGGAGCAGCUGACGGCCGUGAGCGAGGAGCUCGACGUCCGCAAGGAGGAAGUCCUCAUCUUAAGGUCUCAGCUGGUGAGCCAGAAAGAAGCCAUCCAACCCAAGGAUGACAAGAAUACAAUGACAGAUUCCACAAUACUUUUGGAAGAUGUACAGAAAAUGAAAGACAAAGGUGAAAUAGCACAAGCAUAUAUUGGUUUGAAAGAAACGAACAGAUCAUCUGCUAUGGAUUACCAGGAGUUGAAUGAGGAUGGAGAACUCUGGCUGGUUUAUGAAGGGUUAAAACAAGCCAACAGGCUCUUAGAAUCCCAGCUACAGUCGCAGAAGAGGAGCCAUGAGAAUGAGGCUGAGGCCCUCCGUGGGGAGAUCCAGAGCCUAAAGGAAGAAAACAACCGGCAACAGCAGCUGCUGGCCCAGAACCUGCAGCUGCCCCCUGAGGCCCGCAUUGAGGCCAGCCUACAGCAUGAGAUCACCCGGCUGACCAAUGAAAACCUGGAUCUGAUGGAACAACUUGAAAAGCAGGAUAAAACCGUCCGGAAACUGAAGAAACAACUAAAAGUCUUUGCCAAAAAAAUCGGUGAACUAGAAGUGGGGCAGAUGGAGAACAUAUCCCCAGGACAGAUCAUCGAUGAGCCUAUCCGGCCGGUCAACAUUCCCCGGAAAGAAAAGGAUUUCCAAGGGAUGCUGGAGUACAAGCGGGAGGACGAACAGAAGCUUGUUAAGAACCUGAUUCUAGAACUAAAGCCACGUGGUGUGGCUGUCAAUCUGAUUCCAGGGUUACCGGCAUAUAUCUUGUUUAUGUGUGUGCGACAUGCCGACUACCUGAACGAUGAUCAGAAAGUAAGGUCAUUGCUGACAUCAACAAUUAACAGCAUCAAAAAAGUCCUGAAGAAAAGAGGCGACGAUUUUGAAACUGUCUCCUUCUGGCUCUCUAACACAUGUCGAUUUUUGCACUGUUUGAAGCAAUAUAGUGGAGAAGAGGGCUUCAUGAAACACAACACGUCUCGCCAGAAUGAACACUGCCUCACCAAUUUUGACCUCGCUGAGUAUCGGCAAGUACUGAGUGACUUGGCCAUUCAGAUCUAUCAGCAGCUUGUGAGGGUGUUAGAGAACAUUCUUCAGCCAAUGAUAGUCUCAGGCAUGCUAGAGCAUGAAACAAUUCAGGGAGUAUCUGGGGUGAAGCCCACAGGGCUCAGAAAGCGAACCUCCAGUAUCGCCGAUGAGGGCACCUACACACUGGACUCCAUCCUGCGGCAGCUCAACUCCUUCCAUUCCGUCAUGUGUCAGCAUGGCAUGGAUCCAGAGCUAAUCAAGCAGGUGGUCAAGCAGAUGUUCUACAUCGUGGGCGCCAUCACCCUGAACAACCUCCUGCUGCGCAAGGACAUGUGCUCCUGGAGCAAAGGCAUGCAGAUACGGUACAAUGUCAGUCAAUUGGAAGAAUGGCUACGUGACAAGAAUCUAAUGAACAGUGGGGCAAAAGAGACUCUGGAACCUCUUAUCCAGGCCGCUCAGCUUUUGCAAGUGAAAAAGAAAACUGACGAUGACGCGGAGGCCAUCUGCUCCAUGUGCAACGCUCUGACCACAGCCCAGAUCGUCAAAGUGUUGAAUCUGUACACACCCGUUAAUGAGUUUGAAGAAAGGGUCUCUGUUUCGUUUAUCCGCACUAUACAGGUGCGGUUACGAGACAGGAAAGACUCUCCACAACUGCUCAUGGAUGCAAAACACAUCUUUCCUGUCACUUUCCCCUUUAACCCAUCCUCCCUGGCCCUAGAAACCAUCCAGAUUCCAGCCAGCCUGGGCCUGGGCUUCAUUGCACGGGUCUGAAGGGCUACCCAAGCAAACGUAGAGAACGCAUUUCUCCUCAAAACAUGAACAGUUGUUUCCAGUGAGCUACUGAAAAUACAUUUUUAAAGAAAAAAAUACUGAUUAUCUCUAGAAGAAGAUGCUAACUGGAAUUCCCCCCCAGAAUCCUUUCGAUUGUGAAGACGCUCCUUGUACUGUUACCUUUAAAGCAACACUCAUUCUCUAUCAGUUGGGAACCCUGAGUUUACACACAGCUGAAUGGUGGCGGGGAAGAGUGAAGGAAAAGAUGAAAGGGGCUUGUCUUCAGCUGACAGCAUUUAGUUUAAGUCUUUAGUGCUGCAUUUAAGUACAAUCCCAUAUGUCUGAACUGUUGUGAACAAGGCACAAAGAACUGAAGAAAAUCACUGAAUACAUAUCAUAGCAGCUUAGGAGCCAAUCAUGGUAAUAUUGUCAAACUGGAUCAAAAAAAUAAACUGGCAACAUUAAAGUAACUGGCCAAGUAACUUCCUUAUCUGUCAGUAUGGCAUAGCCAUGUGAAAGACACUGUUGCUAGGCAGCGUAGAUGCCGGUUUGUACUGUAGCUCACUGAGCAUCUUAAAUGGCUGCUGUGUGCUGUCUCCUGACGUAAGUGAUAGUCUUAUUAGGCACUACAAAAUAAGCUUCUCUUUCAUCAGCUCUGUUUACAAUUCAUCCAGACCAGUUCUAACCGGACUAUAUGCAGUUAUCCACAGGUUCAUCGGCACAAGUAGCAGACACUGGGGAAGUAGAGUUAGGCAGAGUGGCUGUUGAUGUCAUUGCUGAUCAGGAGGUAUUACAUUGAUAAGUCACCCGUGCGGAUCGCACAUCAUGCCUAGUGCUGUGUGAAGUUGCUUGUUUUCAGUUCCGAAAUCUGAUUCCUGCCAGGCAUAGAUUCAACCUCGACAAGUUUUCUUCUUAAUUUAUUAAGUGUUAGUUUCAGUCACUAUCUAGAAAGGACUAUCAGAAUAUUUAUGAUUAAGAUCUUGAAACUGAUUAUCCUAUAAGUUAUUCAAAAUAGGCAUAUAAAUAAAUCAUUAUAAUUCAGAGGGUUUAGGUGUUGCAACCUCUAUAAAUGUUCUCAGAUACCACUGGAUACUUUAAAAACAUCAUAUUAUAAAUACAUUAAGAAGAUUUAUGUAAGAAAUAUAAGAUUAUUAAAUUUAUAGAGGAUUUGGUUCAGUAAGACCCAGAUUCUGUAUGUUUUCAUUAUGAAAUUCUAAUUAAGCAUAUUCUCCAUUUUUUUCUGGAACUCUUAUAUAAUAAAUCCUUUGGGUUUUGCAAGAGCAAAUUCUUAGCUUUCGUUCCUCUGGCUGCUAAUUACAAUCAUCGAUUUGUAUGGUUUACUGUAAGGCGGUUGGUCUGAAACAGUGGCAUUUAAAUAUGUGCAAUAUUAUUCCUGAGAGCUAAACGGUUUCAAGUCAGUGAUAAAUACUGUUAGUAAACGGAAGUUUUGUUCAUUAUCUUACUGGAGCCCAAAUGUCCUUGUUUAUAAAGUAAGAGGGUUGGACAACUGGUUGUUCCAGCCACUUCCCUGUUUACAGUUCACGCAUGCGUGGUUUCUAGAGAAAGGGGUCACAGUUACUCUGUCCUAUUGUAAAGACCAAUGUUUAGUGCCUGUCAGUUCCCUAGGGUUAGUACACUAAGUCACGAGUUUAUGUAACCACAAUCUUUUCUUAACAUACAUCAUUUAGGUCUUUUAGAACACCCUAAUUAUUUGAUUAUUUGAAAGUUACUUAGUUUAAGUAACUUUUGUUACAGGAUAAACUUUUUGUUUGUUUGUUUGUUUAGGGAAUUUUGUUUUCUGCAGUGCUGGGAAUUACACCCAAGGCCUCUUGUGUGUUAAAUCAGUACUCUACCACUGAGCGAGUCUCAACUCCUAUUCAGUUCCAGUGCAUUGAUUUAUUUGCAGAACCUACAACACUACUCAACGUCUUCAGUUUUCCUGGGUUCUCAGUAUUGUUGCAGUGAACAGUUAAGCCAUCUCACUAGUACUGAGUCAGACAGCAUAGAGGUAGGGGGUGGGAGAACUUGCUAAGCAAACAGAGCCUUGUGUAGGCUGUCUUCCCUCACUCAGCCCUGGCAGGACGCCCACACCCUGCUCCCAGCUUAGUCCUGAGUGGGAAGCUGAUGCACACCCCGAGUCUUGUCUUCAGGACCAGGCUGUCAUGCUCUGUCCCUGAAACCCCAUUUCCCUACUUCAGACAUUUGUGCCCUACAGUUUCUAGCACUUUCUCUCAUUUUUCUCUGUUGUCAAAGCUGGGGCUCCUGUUCUACAGCUGCUCCCAUUUUGUGGUUCUCGGGUUUCAGUGACAAUGGUUCAGAGUCGCUGUGAUUCCAAGCUUCAGCUCUUUCAAGCUAUAACCCAGAUAGUGAUUGUCUGCCCUGCUUUGUUAAGGAGAGAGGCACCAGGCGUGUGCUCACCUCCACUCUGGCAUCCAUACUCUCCUAGCUUCAAACACAUACCCAGCCUUCCCCCUACCUGUCCCAUCCCCCACUUCCCUAAUCUUACCAGCCUGAUGGGUUUCUGUGGCCCUGGCUGGCAUGCAUGGGACUUAUCAUCACUCCCGUCCUCACUUUUGUACUCCUUAACCUUACCACUAAUUGGCUUUCCCAUAAUUCCACUAUGAUAUGCUUGGACUACAAAGAAGGAGCUCUUGAAAGACACAACAGCACAGCAGUUCUUCCUUGCAGUAGCCCCUCCCAGCAGCCACCACUGACCUGCUGUAGCUUCACUCACUCCACAGUGAGGAUCCACAGUGAGGAAAGACGCCUUUUCUCUUCCCUUCCUGCUGCUUUUCUUAGCCCCAGGCUUGAAUCUGCCUUAGAGUAACUCAAAAUGGGGAAAAGAUCAACACAAAUCAAACCGCACAAAGGACAACUUGUGGUUCCUUUGGAACCUUGAACAUUCCAUACUACCUGGCACUACUUUGGAAAGCAAAUGUACAGACAGAACUGUAAUCCAGAGCCAAGUGAUAGGGGAUGUCAGUCUAUGCCAGUUUAGAUUGCCUGCUUUGUUACUGAUUCACUUCAGUAGCUACAGAGAGACUCCUUAUGGGUGAGCAGGUGUAGGUAAUGCGCAUAUUCCUUAAUGGUGUAUACAGAAGGCUAUGAAGAUACUUCAGGCCUCAGUGUCCCGAUUAUUGUGAGAAAUUAGUUUUCUGACAGUUGUAGGAAGAGGAGCUGCCGCCAUCCUGAGAACUCCACAUGCAGUCCCUCUCCCCCACACACACAGUCACCAGUUGAGAGCUCCUCAGGAAGCAUGGUCAUGGGUCCUCCGGGUAGCAUCAGCCUGUUAGGAUGAAGAGCAAAUGUCCGUGUGUGACACUGUGGUCCUGUUGGAAGUAGUGCAGAAACAGUACCCAUAGUGCAUGUGCUUCACGCCAGCAACUCUCCCUCCGUUACCUCACUUCCUCACAGCAUCCACAGGAGACAGCUCCCACCAUCAAUGGGGAUGAUAAUUUGGGACAAUGGUAUGGUCAGUGGCUCGCUGGAAGUGGCACUGCCUUUUAGCAGUAAGGGCAGAGGCUGUCCUGUCUCUCCAUAUGCUGUGGGGUAACCUGGGCUAGUAAGGGUGCUCUGUCGUUAUUGGCAUGUGGGAAGAGAUGAAUGAUGAGCACCAGCUUACUUGUUGGGAGACCAGUGCGCAGUGCCCGCAGCACCAGCUGUGACUAGGCUUGCCUUUUGUGGUGAACCAGUACUCCUUGACAGGGUGCGGACUCUCGAGUUAGAGGCUGUCUGAAGUAGAAGGGCGGGUAGCAGUGAAAACCUCAGAUGUGAAGAGGCAAGGCAGGCCACUCUCCACAACCAUGAGGUUUCCCUGUGAGAGCCCCUGGCUGAACUACACAGCCUACAGAGAACUCUCUAGUUUUAGUCUGAGGCACAGAGGAACCCAGGACACUAAGUACCUCCCUCCCUGGGGCUGUCUGCCAAUGGCGAGUCAGUGUAAGCUUGGAAUUGCCACAGCACACAGCCCGCAGGGGAGGUGCUAGGAGCUGUGCUGUGGGCAUGCAUGCUUGAGGCCACAAGCAUUUUGUGGAAAGUGCUUUGUAGUUUGUUCUCAGGCUGUGCUGUGAGGGCCGCCUUAACCCUUGCCCCUUCCCUUUUAGAGCUGCCUUAAGUUCCCCAGAACUUGUCCUCAGUGAGGGUUAUCUUGCCGUGUUUCUCAAGGUUUUGUAAGAAUUUGAAUUGGGUGUGGCUUCCCACCACCACGUAUUCCUUUCUCCCCUUUCUGCAUAUCCUGCUACCUAUGUGCAACCAUUUCCAACCAGAGGUUAGAAUUUAUAAAGCAACCAAUGAAAUGUUAGCUUUAGGAAUAUUUCUGGGUUAGUGCAAGUCCCUGAACAGUAAGCAAAUUAGCAUGCAUGGAACCCGGCCAGAAGUUGGUGUAUUUGUGGGUGGCUUGCCUUUCACUAACCCUUUCUAAUAAAGGCAAAAAUACAACUCUAAAAACUUUGUGUGGUGCCCUACUGUACAAGGCUGAGUAAAAACAAGAAAGUAGCUGUAUUAAGUUCUAAUCCAUCAUAGCAUAGUACCUAAAUUAACUUUAGAGUUUAGUCAAUUUCUCAAUAGGUCAAAAAGCAAAAGAUGCCAUGUCAAACAUCUCCCAAAUGCAUUUUAUACAUUUUUAUUUUAUAAUUUGGUCUUCUAAAAAUGUUUGUUAGCUUAACUUAGUGGGUAGAACUAGACUCAUAACAUAUCUAAAAGCAACAAACAUUUCCUCGGCAGUGCUAUUGUUUGCAAUAGUUGGGGAAGUUUUGGAUUUGUUUUUAAAGGUUGAAAUUUCCGUGUACAAUUUAAUGCUUGCAAAGUUAAUAACCCCAAUGCGUUUUCCAGAGUCAGUAGUUUCAAAUAACUUAUUGUCUCUAUGUGUAAUAAAAUCUUAGCUCUCUAAGUCAUGUGAGCCAUUAUUUUUCCCCACAAAAGGUGAUUUCUCCUUAAGUGUAGAUCUGUGUUGUGAUUUAUGAUCCAGAAUUGUGUUCUUUUGUGGAUUCUGAAGUAAAUGAUUUUCUUGUGUUUGGGAAAGUCUCAAUUGUUCCAGCAGUAUUGUACAGAUGAGCUCAUGGCGUUUAACCCAUUGUGGUUUUAUUUUAACUGUUCAUCACUUACCAUGAAAUGGACCUGCCUUUGGAAUACAGUAAAUGGUUGCAGUUUUCUAAUCUUUCUUCCUUGGAUCUGGAGAAAGAAUUUCCCUGAUCUGCACAGUUGAUCUCUGCAAAGUGGUUAGUCGGGGAAGCAGAAAUGCAUGCUGAAAGGUGAGAGGCGUUACCAAGCCUCUCUGGAUCUAAACUGAACCCACUCCAGAGUAUCGCACAGGAAAUCUUCUCGAAUGUCAAGAAUUCACCUCAUAUCAACAAAAGCCUUGGAAACACGAGUUUUUCACUGGGUAUUACCUAAUGCUAAAAGGAAAGCCAAAACAAUAUCAGAAUGACAUUUUAUGCUCUAAAUUUAUAGCUGUCUACUGUGCUUAGUGUGUCUGUCAUUAGUGCUGUAUUCUCCUAGCUAUUAUAGAAAAUUGUUGAAAUAAAGAUAAGGAUAUAAAGAAA